AUUCGUCUUUAAAUGAUGUUAUUUGAACAGUUCAGUUUCUAGAUUUGACAUAAGAUGAUGUAUGAACGAGCUCCUGCUGUUUCUAUGCUCCCUGGGUCCCUUCACAGCACCAAUGGCUGAUAAUGUGGACAAUGCUGUCAAUAAUGUGUCAAAUGACGGGACGGAGGUCAGCCGGCACACUGAGACGACUCCCGGCCGCAACGAGGUGGAGCUGAACGGACAGCCGCCCACCGCACAACCCCCGCAGGUGCUCACAGACAGCGAGGAGGACGAGGACGAGGAGCUGACUCUCAAAUAUGGAGCCAAGCAUGUGAUCAUGCUGUUUAUUCCCGUCACGCUGUGUAUGGUGGUGGUUGUGGCCACGAUCAAAUCGGUCAGUUUCUACACACAAAAGGACGGUCAGCAGCUGAGAAAGGCCAAAUUCUUCCUUGGAAGAAAUAUCACAAUUUAUCUGGUGAUCGUGCCUGAUGUUGAUGUUAUGAAAGCAUUGCUGCUGAUGACAGCUGCAUGUGUGUUUCUUCACCGCAGGGAAGUGUUCAAGACGUACAACGUGGCCAUGGACUACUUCACGCUGGCCGUGAUCAUCUGGAACUUCGGUGUGGUGGGAAUGGUCUGUAUCCACUGGAAGGGUCCGCUGCGGCUCCAGCAGGCCUAUCUGAUCAUGAUCAGCGCUCUCAUGGCCCUGGUCUUCAUCAAGUACCUGCCGGAGUGGACCGCCUGGCUCAUCCUCGCUGCUAUAUCUGUCUACGAUCUGUUGGCCGUGUUGUGCCCGAAAGGACCUCUGCGUAUCCUGGUGGAAACGGCUCAAGAGAGGAAUGAACCCAUCUUCCCUGCUCUCAUCUACUCCUCAACCAUGGUGUGGCUGUUUAAUAUGGCGGACAGCGCUGAGACCGGGAAUAAUUCCAGCCAUCCAGUUCCUCAGCAGGAGAACCAGGUUGCCAUGGCACCCACGGCUCAGCCGGAGGAUGAUGGCGGUUUCACACCAGCGUGGGUCAAUCAGCAGCAGCAUCAGCUCGGCCCCAUGCAGUCCACUGAGGACAGCAGACGAGAGAUCCAAGAGUUGCCCUCCGCACGCCCGGCACCUGUGGAAGACGACGAAGAGCGGGGUGUGAAGCUGGGUUUGGGAGAUUUCAUCUUUUACAGUAUGCUGGUGGGUAAAGCAUCAGCUACAGCCAGCGGUGACUGGAACACGACGAUAGCCUGCUUUGUGGCCAUUCUCAUCGGUUUAUGUCUAACUCUGCUCCUUCUGGCCAUCUUCAAAAAGGCCCUUCCAGCUCUCCCCAUCUCCAUAGCCUUCGGCCUGGUCUUUUACUUUGCUACCGAUAACCUUGUGCGUCCGUUCAUGGAUCAGCUGGCUGUUCAUCAGUUCUACAUUUAGCACGGAGGAGAGGUCACUCGUCACGCACUCCACUUUACAGCUAAUUCCCAGAAUCCUCUUGCAGGGAAUGUGAACCCUGUAGACUAGCACACCUUUCCUCUUCCUCUGGACACGUGACUGGAUUGGCUGGUUUUGCCAUUGAAUGGCUCCAUUAAUUACAGUGCCUCUCCAGUGACUCAUCUGAUCCUGAUAUUGGCUUUGGCAACAUCUUCGGGCGAUAUGCCGAACAUUUGUUUGUUUGGAGAAAACACAGACCAUCUUACAUGUAAAAAUGGAUGAAAGUGAUUGGCUUUAUCACUUCAUUCAAAGUUUGAUGAACUCUGGUGUAUGGACUGGGACCAGAGCUUGCUUUUUCCACCAGAUCUUGGAUUCACUUUCAAGGCAUUACAUUAAUUCCAGCUCUGAUAUAGUGAGCAUUAACCCAAAGCUCUUUGAAUGAUAUGGCUGCACGCACAGAGGUAGGUACUGAUCACUUUUGUUGGUCUUCUGAGAGUGCCUGUGAUGCUUCGAGUUUUAAUUUUUAACACCAACCAUUUGACCAUAUUUGAGACGUUGUUCUGGGCUACUCUAGCAUUAAAUCAAGUGCUGAUCCAAGCUACUGUUUUGCUCUCCUGAAAAUCGUGAGAGCGUCAUUUUGGAAUGUAUAAACCUUCUCUUUAAUUUCUUAUGUGUUUGGACAAGAUGUCAGGAGUUUGUUUGUUAAUUAAUUUUGUUGUUGUUUUGUUUCGUUUCUCUUUUUUUUUUUUUUUUUUACCAGCACAAUGGUUGAUUGAAUGACUUUUACUUUCAUAGUAUCCAUGCCUUUUGUCAUUUCAAGAAAAUGCAAAUUUUUUGUAACUAAAUUGAAGGAUUCACAAAUAAAGGGGUUGCUCAUUUGA